CGUAUUUAUAAAUGACUUCGUAGUGGUGCGUCGUAGGUGGUUCUGGAUAUACAGUAAUGCAGGGAGAGAGUAUCAUAUUGAAUAAAACAACGCUCAGCUGGUCCAGAAGGCACAUCUAGAAAGGUUGCAACCGAUCCCCGAACGAUUUGCUUCAGUCUCAUCAAGCUAUGACGCCUCCACCGAUCAAGCACAAAGCUUUGCUGAACGUAGACUUAGGAGAAGCUUAUGGGAACUAUGUCUGCGGUCCAGAUCUCGAACUACUGCCACUGAUCGAUCAUGCAAAUGUUGCAUGUGGGUUUCAUGCGGGAGACCCAUUGAUCAUGCAAGAGACGGUCCGAAAUUGCAAGAAGUACAACAUCAAAGUUGGAGCUCAUCCAGGUCUUCCAGACAUUCAAGGCUUCGGCCGUCGUGAGAUCAAGAUGUCUCCAGAAGAAUUGACGGCAAUCACGGUGUAUCAAGUCGGAGCCUUGAAAGGCUUCCUUGACAAGGAAGGGGUACCGCUGCACCACGUCAAGCCGCAUGGUAUCCUUUACGGCAUGAUGUGCAGGGAUUACGAGGUCGCAAAGGCGGUCAUGGAAGGAAUCCCCAAGGGCAUCCCGGUAUUCGGCCUUGCCGGGACGAAUAUGGAGAAAGCGGCGAACGACCUAGGUAUAACCUUCUGGGCCGAACUGUACGGCGACGUGAAGUACAACAGCGAUGGCAGUUUGGUAAUCGACAGGAAGAAGAAACCUUGGGCUCUGGAAGAUGUCCGGAAGCAUGUCAGCCAGCAACUCAACACGCAGUCAGUGACGGCGGUCGAUGGGGCCACUGUGCAACUACCCGUCAAAGAGUAUCCGAUUUCAAUAUGUUGUCACUCUGACUCCCCGGGUUGUUUGGGUAUUAUCAAGACGACGAAAGAGGUGAUUGAUGAGUUCAACCAGACGCAUGGAAGAUGAACCCACACAAUUUCAAAAAAGAGCUCAGGAGCAGCAAACCGAAAAUAAUCCUUUUUAACGAUGAC